CGUUGAAAGCGUGAAGAAAUGAAAAGGGUCCGCGUCGACAAGAGCGACAAAAGCGGAGAAACGUCCACCGAGAAGAAAGCAGAUGGUGGAUGAGGGUGACUCUGGAGAGGAUGUCGAAGGGGUUCCUCCAAGAGAUAUAUCGAAACACAGACAACCUUCCGCCGACACCCGUGAUGAAGCCAUCGACACAACACGGUGCUUCUUCUUGGAGUUCGAUGAAGAUGGGUUUGCAAAGAAGAAAAGGGAACACAUUGAAGUGGACGUCACGAAGAUCUUGCCAAUCCCUGAAGGUGACAUCCUCUUCAACCAUAGAACGUUGGACAAAACAUUGGUGCAGUCCAUAUAUGAUGCGAUCCAUCAUGUGGCCAAGGAAACCAACGGGAAGUGGGAUUUCAUCACUUUCAUCCUGGCUUCCAUUGUGCCCAACACGGACGGGUCUCAAGGCCGACGGAUCACACCUGAGCGAUUCGACGUCGAAAUUGCUCAUACAUACAACUGGUAUAUUGUUGCUGGCCAGCACAUGGCUGAGGCAAUGAACAGACUCAUUAAAGACAAGUCACCGGCCGAGAAAGUGUAUGGCUUGAGGUCGUACUCUCACGUACGUGUUGUCUACUUUGACGAUGACAGAAAGAGAGGAUAUCCGUACGUCUCGACGUUCGAAAACACGAGGGAGGAGCGUUCGAUCCCGAGAUUGUUUUCGUCAUCUGUGCGCCAAAUUAGAACAUUUUGGGAUAAGAGGAAUGGCCGGAUCCGUCUGCCAGGGACCGUGUCCCCAAAUGACGUCGAGGGAAUGAAACGGAAAAAGAAAUGGGAAGAGUUCAUGAACGCCGCCUGCAAAAUGACACCUGAUUCCAGUCUCAUGAACUCGUCCCUGGAGAACGACUACUGCAAGGACUGGAUGAACAAGAUGCGCGGAUACAUGAAUCUUGCGCAAUGCGGUGAAACAGCCAAGAAGGGGCCACCAGGCGCAAAGGUGUCUAUACCUGACUUGACACCGACAAUCUUCAAGCUGUUCCGCGAUAUGACAGCGAGAGAGAAGCAAGUGGCGCUUCACCACAUGAUGCGUGGUGAUGUCAUCGUGACAUCACGUUCGGUACCUCGUGGUAGAUGCAACAUGGCGGACCUGGUUAAAUAUACUCUGCGUGAAAGAUAUAUGGUCCGUAUGUUCAACUACAUAUUGUUCAAGGCCGAGGGGAGGUCAAAAGAAGAGUGGAGCGCUGACUUUUUCAUCGGUUAUACGACCAUCUUGGAGAGGUACAACAAAAACGGCCUGACGGACGAGAAAUGGACCGAGGAACGCGACCGCAUCCCUAACGACAAGGCGAGGAAGGUGUCCAGGCGUUUGGGCGGUCCUGAUGAGAUUAAUGGUGAGAACGGUGCGGGAUUGGAGGCAACCCAAGGCAUGUACAAGAAAACCCCGUUCCACCUCAAGUGUUUCAUCUACGAGGCAAUCGACUGUUUGGACGACCUGAGAGCGGAGGUUAAUCGGAUAUCCUCCAGUGCUUGUCAGAUAUUUUGGGAAGUGGGGAAGAGGAUUACCACGAUCCUGCCAUUUGAAAUCGAACCGAAGGGAGUGCUCACCGACAACGAGGAGGUUGUUGGUACAGCGAGGGGGAUGAAGAUACGGGCAACCAUUCUUGAUAUGUCAACAUCACCGAAAUGUGUUCUGUGGGAUGAUGACGCCUUUUCCAAACUGUACGCUUUUCUCAUGACAUGCUGUGGCGAAAACUGGGCCUUGAUCAUUUUCGCGUCAAUGAAACACCAGAAACAGGCGAUGCAGAGUGUGUACAACUGGGAUGAUGUUGAGGUGCUCACAAGGUCAUGGUACAAACACUAUACACCUUCGACAACCUUGAACAAGUACGGCAACAUUGCAGUUCGGUACACUGACAUGAUGGCUAUUGUCCUCCACGCCGAGAACGACAAUUUGGACAAUAUAGCGGUUGCGCCGAAAUUGCAAGCCGAGUUGACAAAUUUGAACGUUGAAGAGGACUUGGCACGUAAAGUGGGGAACUUCAACAACAUCGAUUGUGAAGAAGACACGCCAGACUCCGACCUGGACGUUCCGUCGCAUGCGAGACGACGUUUGGCGCAGGGAGCACGUGCCGAGGAGCCGCAAGGGAGCACCAACGCAGAAGCGGAGAAGGCGAGGUCGAGUUUGGGAGCGACACAUGCUAGUGAGGCAGAUGUGGAACAUAGAAUGAAUGCAAGCGGAGAAAAGAAUGGUGUACCGACGAACCCGGUGGGUGCGAGUGAGGGAAUUGUUAACUCACGGGGCAAUACAGGGGGAGGAGAGAAUGGGUGUGAAAUGACCCUGCCGACAGCUGGACCAUCAUCGACACAUGCACCGCAGGCCGAGCAGCGAACGCUCACGUCGAUGGACACAGAUGAAGAUGAAGACAUGGAUAUGACAGCAGUCAUGCUGAAGCUCGUGCCAGGAAAACCGUUGCCUCAAGGCUUUGCUCAAGACCCUUCAGUGCCAUACUUGCUGCAAGACAAGUACAAGGAGUCAUCGGAGGAGGACAGGGGUCAUGAUAUUCUCUAGCAUGAGGGCGUGUUCGAACCGU